AAUCGAAAGCUUGAUGCCGUUAGAGAGCAUGAUCUUUGUCCACGCCUUGUGCUCGCUAUCUCUCAGCACAAAGCCGACUCCGAUGAGAUCGACGAAACUGGCCAGAAGAUCGAUGGCGCAUUCUUCCACGCGCACGAAGCACCUACCGACGGCUGUCCCCAUUGGGAUAUACAGCUCGUCCCAGUGGAGUUCAAGUCCAGUAAGGAAGGAAGUGCCAAGGAUCCUUACUUGGAUACCGAACAGAGCGGGAGUGCUGACGCAGAGGCGGACACCCGCAAGGAGUCGCGUGAGCAAAUCACUGGUUACGCUGAACGCAUUUUUUCCAUACAACACCGCCAUGCUCUCUUCAUGCUCCUCGUCAUUGGACGGAAGUUUCGAAUCACGCGCUGGGAUAGGGCUGGUACAGUCCUCACCACCGCUAUCGACUACUACGAACACCCCGAUGCUCUCUGCGAGUUCCUAUGGCGCAUCUCCCAUCUAUCGGAUGAGCGUCUUGGUGUCGACCCCACUGCUGUCCGUCUGGAUAAGCUCGACUUCCGAUACAUCCGCAUGGAUUUGGCUGCUCUCAUUCGACAAGAGAAUGAAGCCAUACACCUUGAACGCAACCUUUCUCCCGGCGAGUUAGAAGGGUACCAUUCCUUCAGAUACGUUCGAGAAGCAUUCGCUGCAACCAUCGCUAGUGAGGACUAUCCUCGCUUCGAGCUCCAGGUGGUGGACGCAGGAGUCACACGUUACUUCCUCGUUGGUAGACCCGUCUAUACCGCAAGCGGAAUGGCAGGUCGUGGCACUCGUGGCUACAUCGCGCAUGAGCUUGCAACAAAGCGCUUCUUCUGGCUGAAGGACUCGUGGCGCGUAUCCUACGAGAACGUCAACCCGGAAGGCCUUAUUCUGCAACAACUCCGUGCCGCUGAUAUCACCAAUGUCCCGACCGUCGCCUGUCAUGGAGAUGUCCGCAACCAAACUGCCAAUCUGUCCUUUCGCCCUGAUUGUCCUAUCCGUGAACACCAGCACUAUCGGGUGGUUGAGGAGGAAGUGUGCAUGUCUCUAGAGAACUUCAAGAAUGGCCGGCAGCUCGUGAGCAUUAUCCUUGAUUGCCUCCGCACACAUAAGCUGGCGUCCACGCUUCCCGGUGUCCAGAUCUUUCAUCGCGACAUUACCGGUGGUAACAUCCUGAUAUACCCGAAGAUUAUCACAAAGAAGGACAACACAAGGAGACUCCGUUGGGUGGGAAUACUCAGCGAUUGGGAAGUCGCCAAGUGCGUGGCAACGGGAGAGGAGCGCCCAAGGCCGCGUCAGCCAGAGCGAACAUGUACUUGGCAGUUUGUGUCAGUGAACUUGCUGUCUAAUGCUUUGAGCCGCCACCGUCUUCAAGAUGAGCUCGAAUCCCUGCUUCAUGUCCUCAUAUACUACUCCAUCCGCUAU